AUGUCCAUUUUUGAGCGCAUUUCACCUUUUCAUGCCGUCACCUCUCCAGAUGAUACUUUGUCCAUGAUACCAUGCAAUCCUGUUGAAGAAGAAGAGUCGCUUGUCCGGCAAUUGUUCCACGAAGUGUGGUUGUUCGAUGCCGUUCCUCUCGGGGCAUCGGGUACGGUAUCAAAAACCGUGAAAGCUCCUGACAAUGUUGGCAGGUGGAUUAUCACAUCAUCAUUUUGGAAUCCUGGACAAAGAGGUCUCUGCGACGCCAACCAAGUCGAGAUUACUUCCAAGAAGGAUGUCUUCAUGGAGAUUGACUUGCCAAAACAUGCUUACAUAAAUGAAACGAUUGCUGCUAAGGUAUCUGUCACGGCACUGAGACCUUCCAAAGAACACAAGUACUCGGUGUGUUUCUCUGAAACAUCGAGGAAGGUGUGCGCGGAUCUUGGAUCAUUCGGCCAACUUGGUCAGCCCAGCUAUUCUCGAGUUGCACUCUCGCCUUCUCGACCGACAGACACCAAGAUCUUCACUCUGAAGUUUCUGUCAACAGGAUUCACAUCGGUGACGUUUGUCCUCAGA